UCCGGAAAUUCUUAGAAUGCAAAACCCAAAUCACUUCACCCCAGAAAAAAGGACAGAAAAGUUCAAAGCUUUUCUCCAUCUGGGAUUUUGGGUUUCUCGUUUCUGUCAGAUGAAGUGCGAUUGAAGGUCUUCAUCUGCAUCUCCCCGGAAGACGAAAUCGUUAUGAUACCCAGAUCCACUAUCAUCGUCUUUUCUCCAUUUCCCCAAGUUCUUGCCGAGAUAGCAACGAUUUCGUCUCGCCUGUUGUUCGCAUUCUGAAAAUUCUAGCUAAAAUCGUUUGGGAAAUUGCGUCCGGUCUACUGAAUUGUGCUGGUGUGGAAGGGAUCUACUUUUCCCCCCGUCAAUUGUGGUAUCUGGGUUCGAUGUUUGAGAAUGUAAGUCGAGCUAUCACUGUAGGAUUCUUGAUGGAUUUAGCAUCACAGGGGCUUUGAUUUUGAACUGUAAAUCAUGUUCUUUACGUGCAUAGUGAACCGUGGUUUAUGCAUACAUGGUGGGUUUUGAAUUUGUGUUGAAUGAUUAAUCCGAACCCAGGAAUUCUUCACAGAUGCAAAUAGUCAGUGUACUGUGAAUUCAUUAGGUUUGUAGUGAUGUUCUUUUGGGUGUUCUGUUCAUGUCAAUGUGAGUUGGCGUUAGUCAAGGAUUACCAGAUCAUACAAAAGGCUAUCUAUGAUGCAGCCAGUGGAUUUGAGAAAGAUAGAACAAGACACUGGCUAUUCCAAGGACAGCUUGUUUCACAUGUCGAUGCAUUCAUUUUCUGAUGUUGUUUGAAACUCUUUAAGGUUGUCCCUGAAGAAUUUCUCGCAGGACAAGCAGGCGUUGUAAUGUGUAUUCUGAAAGGGCAAAUGGAGCGCAUCAUUCUCGUUCUUUCCCAUGUGAUCCUAUAAAAGAAAGCAAACAAAAACGUCCUAAACAAAUCAUUUAGAUGUCCGAUUAUGCAUUUUGGACAGAGGAGUGGAGCAGGAUAUAUCUCCAACUAAUGCUUGAGCAAAAGAAUAAUGGGAAUUGGAAGGGAAAUAACCUAUCUUCCAUUGGGAAGCGGAACGUGGUAGAGCAGUUUAGCCACAUAACUGGGAAUAGUUGGAACUGGUCGAAGUUUAAAAACAGGUAUGAAUGGUUCCGGAAGCAUUUUGAGAUGUACAGGGAGCUAACGAGUAGGGAUGAUUCUCGUGAACUGGUCAUCGAUCCAGAGUCUGGUUGUCUCUCCAUGGGUGAUGCCUGGUGGGAGAAGAAACUAAAGGACUUCCCGAGAGCUGCAAUGAAGCUGCGGAAGAAUCCUCUCCACGAUAUCUUGCUGCUGGAAAAGGUCUUCCAUGGAACAACAGUAGCUGCCUACAAGGGUUGGAGACCCUCCAUAGAACCAAAAGGGUCAGAUCCCAAUCCCUUGGAAGUGGACUCCGGGGACUCAAACCACCCGUCUUCUGACCAAAAACGUAACAACAGCAGUUCAGAGAAGCGGACCAAACCGGUUGAUCAGAGUACAUCAGACACCAGACCAGCCAAGAAACCGAACAAGAAGAACAACAACAAUGUUAUUUCUGAGUCACUGCCUAAAUCCACGACUGAGAACUCUCUCGGGAAAGAUCCGUAUGGAAUCACGAGCUGCAUGGAAGUUUUAUGUGAUCUGAAAGAAGUAAAUAUGGGUUGCAGGCUGUGGUGGGCGGCCGUGGACUUGUUUGAGCAGAGAGCUGAGAAACGAGAGACCUUUGUCGCAAUCCCAUCUCAAGAACUCCGAGCUCAGUGGCUCGAACGUACAUUGGGCAUUUCACGGCACGAUCAUGGAUCAUAACAGUUGAGUUCCUUUGACUGUUAUUCUCCUUGUUUCUCCUCUACUUAUUGUAACUAUUGUAGUUGUAGUAUAUAUUAUUGUUUGUUUGUAUGUCCACUUGUAGAAAUGGUUUCCACCCAAUUAGAUUUUUUCACAUUCAGACAUAAUCUACCACUUUCUCCUC